AUGGCGCCUCCUCCUCCACUACCACCCAGAUCACCAGACACAGACCGAAAUUGGAGUUCCAAUUCGAACUCUUGGUCAGAUAGACAACCACCUCCACAUCUUCCUCCUCGUGCAUCAGGUCGCACAACAUUAAGGAAUGAUGCGUACCCAGUACAACAUGUACCUCCGCAACAUUCCCAUCAGUCUUCAUCGUUAUAUGGCGCGACCGUAAAUCCAUAUGCUGUAAAUGCCGGUCCAUCAAGAAGAAGUGGAAGUCCAGAUAAUGAAAGGAGCAGACAAAAUAGUGCUGGUGGUUUGGUCAGAGAUAGAGAUAGGGACAGGGAUAGAGACAGGUCAUACAGAACAGACACAUAUAUUCCUUCAGAUGACAUUGAACCUGGACAAAUACCUUCUCCAAUAUUGAAUUAUCAACCUCAACCUAUAGAUCCCAGAGACUCUCGUCCUAUAUUUAUCCCAACUGGACCUAGUGUCAUCAGACCCAAUCAACCGAUGCCGUAUCGUCCAGCUAGGAAAGUAUCUUCCGACCGACCGAAUGAUGGCGCAAGGUCUCCCUUGGCUAUACCACCCGGAACAUCUUCCUCAUCAAGCAGAGAUACACUCCAGCCUAGUUCAGGUUCAGUCAUGGGUGCAUUAGAGAACUUCUCAAAAGCAAUGCAUACAGCUCUCGUCACUACAUCUCAACACUCAUUAGCACUGAAACACUUUUCUCGAUUAUCCACUUUCCCACAUACGAAUCCUACCUCAGUUGCAUUCGAAGACGCUCAAAAACGAGUUAGUCAAGCUGAAAGAGCAUUGAAUGAUCAGAUGAUAGCUUUACAAAGUAGCUUUACCGAGUUGAUAAGAAGGACAAUAAAUAAAACUGGUAAUUCGUUAGAAGCCAUUAGUGCGUUGGAAAUAGAUGGAUUGAAAGAGAGGAUGAGGAAAUUAGAAGAAAUCGAUAGUAGAAUAUUGAAACAACCUGAAAAUGUAGAACAGCCACCACCACCGCCAGUGAGAGAUGUCCCGCCACCACCACCUCUUGACGAAUGUACUGCAGAAGGCUCCACAACUGUCAGCGUUGACCAGGACAUUGACGUGGAGAUGAAGAAACGAAAGGUCGGAGCUGUAUUGGAUGAUAUAAUAGCGAGACUGGACAAAUGUGAAUCAAUGAAAGAUGAUUUCGAUUUCAGGAUUGACACUGUCGAAACUGAACUAAUGACAAAGGAUUCUGAUUUUAUGGAUAAUGAAGCUCGAAGAAAGCAAAUGAGAGAGUAUAGUGGUUGGAGCGGCUUAGAAAAUAGGAGGGAUCCCAAUGGCGCCAUCCGAGGUCUGAAAAGGAAAGAAAGGGACGUUGAUGCUGGAGAAUUGGAUGUUGAAAUCGAAUCUAAAUCGUCAAGGGUAAGACCCAAUAACGAUAGUAUCGCUAUGAGUGAUGACGGAGUAAAUGAGAAACUGGUAGGACGUAUGCAGAAAGAGAUAGCAAGAUUAUCAGAGGAGAUGGGAAGUAUCAAAUCACAAAUUGCAACUUCAGCUGCAACACCGACUGUACCGAUAACACCGAAUGUAGCAACUGCUUGUUUACAAAAUAUGAUGGGUCAACUUCGAUAUCAAAGACUAUCGAUCACUUCAGAUCAACAGAGUGACAAGCCAGUUGACUGGAACGAAGUCAGUAACCUGAAGGACGAAUUUGCGAAAUUAGCUGAACAGAUGAAACAACUGGAAUCAUCCGCUAGACGCAACACCUCGAUUUCGGGAUCUACAAAUGGGUCAAGCACGGAUUUGUCGAGUAUAUUGAAUGCUCUGAAUGCCUUGAGGAGUGAUAUGGCUCAACUGACUAAUGAAGUUAAAGGGUUACUAGUCGACAAAACUUCAAGAUCAGGUGUAUUUCAACAGAUAUCAUCUGGUGUACAAUCUUUAGCAGAGACUAUCAAACAAUGUCGUUUAGAUUGUAGUACAGUCAACGAAGUCCAAGUUUCUUCCUCUGCAACUAUUAUUAUCCACACCGAAGAAAUCAAAUCACUUCGAAAUGACUUUGUCCUUCUGCGAGCUGCACUAACUACAAUCAGUCAAACCAUAACCCAGAAAGAUCAAGAAAUGAAUGAAUUGAAAAAAGCGGUAGGACUGUUGCAAGGUGACCUGAAGGAAUUGAGAGAUGGAAGGGAAAGCUGGACAAGAGAAGUCAUGGCCGCUUGUCUUGAUUUAGUGAAAGAAGAAACUGAAAAUGGUAAAGAAGAUUAUGCUAAAAUAGCUAAACGAGAAAUACAAAACUUCGUCAAAGAUUUCAUGGCCAAACGAUCUUCUUCAACAAUCAAUCCCAACCAUGAUAAUAGAUCAACUUCGGAACCUGCAGAUAACAGUGAUACACCACCUUUACCAAGAUCAACGACUUUCCUGAAUCCAAGUCCUGCAUUACCGCCUCAGUCUCAGGGGCAAGCGCAAACCGCACAACCAAAUGUCUCUUCCCAUCUAGCUCCCGCGCAGCCUUCAAUCGUAUCGCGGCUGACUCUCAAUCUCGAUAAUGGUAUCCCAAAUCAGACUCAUCAGUCAAAUCCACUAGCUUCUAGGAUCAACCCAAACUCAACGUCCAAUCCUGGGUCAAAUACUUCUUCACCUCAAUUAGCCCCAUCAGGAAUAACAACGGAGACUCGACCUGCGCCCAAUCCCAAACCUACUUUAUCCGCGAGGAUGAGCGGUAAUUCAACUGAACAUCUUCAGGCUCAAUCCCAAUCUCCGCACGGGUUGGCAGCUAGGUUAACAGGUCUGAGUCCCACCAAACCAGCUGGUGACGGAGGUCUGCAAGAUGGGAUGGAUAUUGAUAAUGAAUGA